GCUUUUAAAUGGCGGCCUUCACGGAUGAUUUCCUUGGGAUUUUUUUGCUUUCGAUGACGGGGACGUGUCGGAAGACACAGGGGAGAACAUCCAACAACCCGCCAAACAUAUGUCAAGAGCGUUGCAUUGGAACUGGAGCGUGCUUUGCAUUUCUUUCCCUUUUUUUUUUCCCCCUUUCAUCACCAGAGAAUCGGGCAUUACCAACGGAGCCAUACGAAUAUUUACGAAGAGCAGGCAGGAGAAGGGUAAGAGAAAAGACGAUAUCAAGACGGGCGAGCGAACAGUCUGUUUGAGAGGCUGGGAUUUCGUUGUGCCCUGUGUCGGGAGACAUGGAGGGAAAGGCGCUUUUCGAACUGGCUACGCCUCGGCGCGGUGUCGCCGCGGACGAGGUUCUUCCGUGUUGUGAUUCUACUUGGGUUUUCCUUGUCUCCUCUGUUCUCGGCCGUGUCUUUCCUACAUGGUGUUUUUUUUUUCUGGCUCCCG